GAAGCAACACAGUUUUGAAAGAAAAAAAAAAAAAAAACUCUUUCUCAGUUUCUGGGAUUUGUGAAAUCGCUGCAAUUCUCCUUCUCCAAUGGAACAAUCUCAUCUUCAUCAAUCUAUCGUGGGUGGCUCAGUCGCGGAUUUGAUUUUGUGGAAGAACAGACGCGGAGGAUUUCUUCUUCUCGGAUCAGCGACAUUGUUUUGGAUCCUCUUCGAGAAAUGUGGAUAUAUUUUCUUCCCCUUUGUCACUAAUAUUCAGCUACUUCUCGUCGUUGUACUCUUCCUCUGGGCCAAAUCUGCUAUUCUUUUCAAUCGACCUAUGCCACAGCUUCCUAAUCUUGAAAUCACUGAGGCAUCUGUUCUUAUGGUGGCUGAUGCUCUACGAGUCUGGAUUAAUAAUGUACUCUCAGUUGCUCGUGACAUUUACGUGGAGAGAAAUUCGAAGCAACUCUUUCGGGUCAGUGUUGUGUUGUGGACAGUAUCAUUUGUUGGCAGUUUCUUAAACUUCCUCACAAUACUCUAUCUUGGUGUUGUUCUAAGUAUGUUGAUACCCAUUCUGUACGAGAGAUACCAGCAUCACAUUGAUGAUAAGCUUUCUGUGACAUAUCGAAUUAUACAAACACAGUACAGGAAGAUCGACGAAAGAUUACUACAGAAGAUUAUCGCUAAGCCCACGAAUAAGAUAAAGAAGAUGCAAUAGUUAAAGAAACAGGACAGAAUAGGACUGAGUUGAAGAGGUCAAAGAGAGUAACGUAAAAAAUCUAUGAGCGUAGAUGAGUGGAGGAAUUGAGAACUAAGAACGUUAUUUCACAAGCUGUAAUUUGGUUUUGCCACUCAGAAUCAAAACUUCAUACAAAACUUCAUUUGAUAUAGGACGAACAGUCUGCAUU